CAGGUGGACUGAGAACAUACACGAGAGUCCCGGUCUGCCGCUUCUGAAACUCGAGUGCCGGUCGCGAGUUCGUUGUCCGAGAGGUUCUGAUUUCAUCUUUUAUUCCAUAUCAUUUAGUAACGUGUCACCGUUGUUUAUAUCAUGAAUCUUCUACUUUAUCUACCUCUCUUAGCAGUAAACUCAUCUUAAUGAUGGGUUUUGGUACUAUUAUCGACGAUUUUUAAAAAGUAAAUAGUUGAAGACUUAAAAACAAAUUCCACUACUUGGAAUAAAGUGUCAGCUCGUGUGUGAAUCCGGUUUAAAUCAACACAUAAAAUUUAUUCUAUCAUACAAAUUCUAUUAAACCUUGGAUUUUUCAAAGUUGUCAAUUAUUCUAUUAUUGAUUGGAUUUUUACAGACUUUUGGAAAAUGAAAGGAUUAUUUGACAUUCAUUCUUGGAAGUACUAAAAUGAUACAAUCGAAAUGGCCCGAGAUCGUUUAGGAUCAGAAUACUCUGAAAAUAUGAGUGACGCUACAACUUACACCUGUACCACGAAUUCGGUAGAUAAGUGUUCUCUGAGAAGCUGUACCGAUAUGUUUCAAGAGCCAUUUUUUCUUCAUCCACCAGGGACGCGACCGCGUGAUGGAAUUUACAUAAACCCAAUGAGUCCAUUUAUAUCUGAGAAUCAAAAACCCAAGGACUCGGAAUCCUUCUACCUCCAUAGUCCACACGACCUUGUGUACACAAGAAUAACUCGACUGUUUUGUGACAGUGUUGACAAGACUAGAAAUGUUGAACGAAAUGGCAUCGAAAGGAAAGAUGAAACUGUAACCGUGAAAGUGGAUGUACACAUCAAUAAUGGAAGUAUCAAGUCAGUUAGCAAUGGCAACUCAAUUAAAUCCGAUGUAAUUAAAGAGCCUGAUCACGCCUAUGAACAGAUUUGUAUCAGACAGGAUGAGACAGAAAGCGUCAAAUCAGGAAGCAACAAAAAAUUCAGUGAUGAUGCAUCUGAAAGCAGCCGAUCGAGAACAACCGGAAGACGAUUUAGUAGGUCUAGCAGUGGAAGUGAGUCAUCUCACCUAAGUAGUGAGAUCGCUUGUUAUUCAUCAACAUCGUCUACUCCUUCGUUAUCGCGGAAAAGCAGUAAUGAACGAAUAAAUAAAAUUCCUAAAGCCCCAGAGCUUCCUGAUAUCGAGAGGAAAAGCACGACGCCUCAGGAAGGUGAAAAGGAUUUGAAAAUAAUAAUUGAAGGUCCCAGUAUUGUGAAACCUCCACCUCCACCACCGCCGCCACCACCACCAGACAGUGAAGAAAGUAUUUCUCCAGUCAAAUUAAAUGAGCCUGUCGAAAAAGAUAUCAAAAACGAGAGUAAAAGUACACCCGCGGCCAACAAGUCCGACACAUCCUCGGAUCAGUCACAGCAGGCACAGACGGAAGUAGUCGCUGUGCUCAGUGCAUCAACCGAUUCUGAAGACGUCAAAUCGAACCAGGUGUCACACCUGGUAAAUAAACACAUGGUGUUGCCAUUUAUACCACCUCAGUUUUCAAAUGCUGCGAAUUCUGAUACUCUUCUUAAACCUUCGGAGUAUUUAAGGAGUAUUUGCAAAACGUCUAAUAAAAAUAGCCUCUCUAAAGCCAGGUCUGUGGACAACUUAGACAUCCAAGGAAGACUUGAAGAGGCGGAGGUGGAUAAAGGUGAAGAGGAAAAGGUCUUAUCGCCUGGACCACCACCUCCACCUUUGCCUCCACCUUUACUUGUUGAGGAAACUUUGAAUAAUUCACCAGUUACACCUCCCUCUACUACAUCUUCACAGGAACCGGAAAGUCCUAAACCACAUCAGCCACUUGCUACAAUCAGCAUUCAAGAUCUUACUAGUGUUCAAUUACGACGGACUAAUAUCAAGAUGCAUGCCACGAAAACUUUCUCUGCUCCACCAAAUAGAAGUGUUUCUAUGACAAAUGUUUCAGAGUCAUUUUUUGUGCAAAAAACAGAUCUCAUCGCUGAGUUGAAAAAAACAAAGGAUAUACCGGGAAUUAAAAAGUUUAAAGUUGAAAUGGCAAAAGUUGAAAAAACUCAAGAACAAAAUCUUAUUUCCGAGAUUACGAAGAAUUUCAGUGUAUCUAAUUUUGUUGAUCAAAUCCCAGAAAAGGAUAGUUCUGGAAAUGUAAUACCGAUCUGGAAACGACAGAUGUUGGCCAGGAAAGCGGCCGAACGAGCUAAGAAAGAAAUGGAGGAACAAAUAGCUCGAGAAAAUGAAGAAAAACGACAAAAAGCUAUUCCACCUUGGAAAAGACAACUUUUAGCGAAAAAAGAAACAAGUGAUGAUAAAGAAAAAGAGAAGAAAACGCCUCCAGUUCAACCAACUCCAUUGGUUGUAGCACCACCUCCAGUAAAGAUUGACUUGAUAUCUCCGUUAAAAAAAGAUGUGAUUCAUCCAAUAAAACCACCACAACAAUUGGAAGAUAAAGUUGAAAUUGAAGAUAAAAAAGUAUUAAGUAGAGAUCAAGAUUCUGAUGACGAUGCUCCAAUUAUUCCUUGGAGAGCACAACUUAGAAAAACUAAUAGCAAAUUGAGUAUACUCGACUGAUACAUGCACGUUUUCAACAUAGAACGUGUCAUCGCCCUGACUAGAUAAUAGAAUGAACUGUUUCUGCUCAAAAUAAAAAUAUUUUGAAGUAUAUAGAGUAAACGAAGGAAACGAAUAACGAUGUAAUUAUUUACGUUUAAGUUGUUAUGUCAAUGUCCUUGACCGGACUCUAUUGAAACCCUCUAUUCAACUAAAAUAGAAUUUCUAUAAGACAAGAAAACUUUUUUUUUGAUAGUGUGAUAACGUAUUGAAUAAAAUAACUAAUAUAUAAAUAAAUUAUAUAGAUUGUUAUAUUUUUAACUAUAUUACGAGAAAGAAAAUAUGUAA